UCUUUACCUAUGUGGUGGCCACGCGAAAAUAUGAGUAUCUGUAAUCCAUGGUUGCUGUUCAUCCACAGAUGGAUAAAAUUUCAUAAAAUCUCUAAAACUCACAAAAUCCAACUUUGUUAUCCAAUGAAAUCACUCCACGUAAGCUCCCUUUCAACUCCUUAUCCUCUCCCUUGAUCACUCACAAAUUCUAAAAACCAUCUCUUCAGUCUUCUUCUUCUUUCUAUCAUUUUCUUGAAAAAUAAUACUCUUAGAAAGAACACCAUGUCUCUAACUAUUCCAACAAGCCUUUCAAAACCCAUUUCAACAUCUAAAUUUGGGUCUCAAUUUACCACAAAACAAAGAACUUCAGCCAUUGUGUGUUCUUCAAACCAAACCCCUGUUUCUAAUUCAACAGAGGAAAGUUCUUCUUCAUUAAAGGCAUUCUCUGCAGCACUUGCUUUGUCUUCUAUUCUAUUGUCAGCACCAGUUCUUCCAGCUUCUGCUGACAUCUCAGGUCUCACACCUUGCAAGGAUUCAAAACAGUUUGCUAAAAGGGAGAAGCAACAAAUCAAGAAGCUUCAGAAUUCUUUGAAGCUUUACUCACCUGAUAGCGCCCCUGCACUUGCUAUCAAUGCCACUAUUGAGAAAACUAAACGCAGGUUUGACAACUAUGGAAAGCAAGGACUGUUGUGUGGAUCAGAUGGACUCCCGCAUUUGAUAGUGAGUGGUGACCAGAGGCACUGGGGUGAGUUCAUCACUCCAGGGAUCCUCUUCUUGUACAUUGCCGGAUGGAUUGGAUGGGUAGGAAGGAGUUACUUGAUUGCCGUAAGAGAUGAAAAGAAACCAACAAUGAAGGAGAUCAUCAUCGAUGUUCCGUUGGCUAAUAGACUCGUGUGGAGAGGCUUCAUCUGGCCUGUUGCUGCUUACAGAGAGUACUUGAAUGGAGACCUUAUUGAUCCUAAUGUCUAAUUUUGAUUACCCUUGUUUAAAUUUCUCUUGUUGGAGACUCGUGGAAUUAUACUUUCACUUGUUUAUAUCAAUGAAAGAUUGUGAAUUCUCCAUACCAUGUGUUGCUAGAUAAUGUGGCUAGUUCACUGUCUAAUGUUCUUUUUAUGAUU